UACCUGCUGCGAAGCCGUUCUCCAUAGUGCGACCACAGCCUCGGGCCUUUAUCUUCUCAUCGACUGCUCAGUUGCCCCUCUCAACCUCCGCACGGUCCACAAGUAUCGCACGGUUCACAUCAAAGUACCCUCGGGACAAUUUCCGCCAUCGAACUGCGUGCGUACUUGCGUGAGCUACGCGAAUCAUGAUUGACCAGAACCCGAAUGUCUCGACAUCGAAUUCGCGUCCACAUGUGCGUUAGGAAAGCCGGCCGCUCCGUCUCUCCCGUCUUGCUUUCCGGCUACUCGCUGCUCCUGAACUGUCCCUGCCGACCCACAUACAAUCCUUCGCCUCACUGUCCUUUCGUUUCGUUUCUUAGCGGGCCUCGCUGCACUCCGAUCUUGAGAGGUCUUCACUAGUGGAUAGAUGGUCCUUAGUGGACGAUAGCGCAGGCUUACGACGACACCCUUGCCGUGCUGCUUCCCUUCCUCUCGAUUGUUGUCUCGCCCUUCUUUUGCGCCAUGCACCUCCCCCGAGGUCCUACUACACUGCUCCACCGCGCCUUCGGUGGUCCCUUCGGUGGGGGCUGUGGCGUAGGGUUCUUCCCUCCCUUUGGGGUGGAGUGUACCUCGACGACGACAACCACGAGCUCAACCACGUCGCCAGAGAAGACAACCACAAAGACGCAGAAGGCGCCUACAGCCACGAAAACAACAGUCAUCGUCUCCCCGACAGUCGUCACUUCCGUCGUAGUCGUGACGAGCGGGAAUACCAUCACUGCCGGAACGACAUUCACAUCGGGCACGACGGUCACCUCAGUAAUUACUCCGGCGCCUCCCCCAACUCCUGUGUCGAGUGAUACGAGCUUACCGACCUCAUCCGAUGGCUCUGCAACGGGAGACCCCUCGUCAGUGCCCUCGUCUUCGCCCGUAUCAUCCGACGUUCCACAACCAACCGCAAUCCCCAAUCAGACGAUCACGGACACCGAAAC